AUGAUCAGCGGUCAUGAGACGACAGUACGCAAUCUUCAGGAGAAAAAGAAGAAGAAGAAGAAGAAGCGGGGUGGAAUCAAGGAAACUACAACCAGGAGCACUUGUAAGGAUACUCUCAAUCUAGCUUCGGAAGGACGAAGGACGAAGGACGAAGGGCGAAGUUGA